UAAAGGCAACGCCAAGCCCGCCCCCCCCCCUCACACCCUUCACUGCAGUGCUCAUCUUUCUCCAGUCUCCUUCGCACACCACCGAGAAACAAACAGACAGCUGGGAAACAACGAAGUCAUGCUUCUCCUUACUCUGUUUUUCGUGUCUUCAGCUGUUGCGACCCCUCUGCUUGGCACCGAGCAGUGUGCUCGUGGCCCCCCCUACUGGUGUCAGAAUGUAAAGACUGCUUCUCUGUGUGGCGCUCUGACCCACUGCCAGCAGAACGUGUGGAACAAGCCCCAGAUGAAAACUGUGCCAUGUGAUUUAUGUAAAGAGGUGUUGAUGGUGGUGGAGCAGAUACUGAAGGACAAUGCCACUGAGUCUGAGGUUCUCGGGUACCUGGAAAAGGCCUGCCAGCUCAUCCCUGACCAAGGUUUGACUGCAGAGUGCAAGGAGAUGGUGGAUAGCUACUACCCCAUCCUCAUGGGAAUCAUUACUGGAGAACUGGAGGAUCCCAGUGUGGUGUGUGGGGCAAUGGGUCUGUGUCAGACUCAGCAGGCAGCCCUUGCUAAGGCACACGAGCAGCUCAUGUCCAAUGAAAUCCCUCAGAUUGACCUAUCCCAGCGAGUGGCUCCCUUCCUUAUCAAUGUGCCAGAGCUCCUCUACCCUCAGGAGAACCCCAAACAGGAGUCCCCCAAACAAGAGACUUCAGAGCAGAGUGACACCGUGUGCCAAGACUGCAUCAAGUUCCUGACUGAUGCUCAAGCGGAGGCCAAGGCCAACACCUCGUUUGUUGACGCUCUCAUUGAGAAUAUUGAGAACCAGUGUGACCUGCUGGGGCCAGGCCUGUCUGCAAUGUGCAAGCAGUAUGUCGGCCAGUAUGGUACCCUUGUUGUUGAGCAGCUCAUGUCCAUGGAACAGCAACCCAAGGACAUCUGUGUCCACGCUGGCUUCUGUACUGAGAUGAAGAAAUCUGUUCCCAUGCUGAACCUGCAGCCUGCCAAGACUGUACCUGCUGCCAAGACUGUACCUGCUGCCAAGCUUUUCCCUGCCACCAAGAUCGAGUCUGCUAAGCCCAUGGUGCGUGUCCGUGAUUCCCCAACGUGUACCAUCUGUGAGUUUGUGAUGAAACAGCUGGAGUCUAUGUUGGAGGAUCACACAACAGAGGAGGAGGUGAUCCAAGCUGUGGAGAAGGUGUGCACACUUCUGCCCUCCACUCUGAGUGGCCAGUGUAAGGACCUGAUUGAGACCUACGGCGAGGCCAUCAUUCAGCUGCUGGUGCAGCAGGCAGACCCCAAGACUGUCUGCACAGUGUUGGCCCUCUGCAAUGGUGCCAGCCGUGCAUAUGUCCCUGCACUCGACCAGACUCAAUUUAAGGCUGGUAGCUACUGCAAGGUCUGCAAGAUGGUUGUUGGAUACAUCGAUGGCAUUCUGGAGAAGAAUGCUACAGAGGUGCAGAUUGAGGAGGCUGUGAGGAAAGUGUGCAGCUUCCUGCCUGACUCUUACCAGACCGAGUGUGACCAGCUGAUUGAACAGUACGAGCCAGUGCUUGUCCAGCUGCUGCUCCAGAUGCUCGACCCAGACUUUGUGUGCAUGAAAAUGGGUGCCUGCCCUGAAGCUCUGCGCAGGCUGCUGGGAACAGAGCAGUGCAGCUGGGGACCUGCAUUCUGGUGCAAGAACAUGGAGACAGCAACUCGGUGCAAUGCUGUGGCUCACUGCAAACGCCAUGUGUGGGUAUAGAAGAGGAAGACCAGCACAAACUGACCUGUAGGGAAUUAAAAGAAAUACUGUAGUGCUGCUUCCCACUGUUCAAUUUUGUCCUGUUUUUUUUUCAUUUUUUUAAUGGACUUAAAAUGAGUGGAAAUUUUUGUUUAAAUUAAUUUGAAUGAUUUUGGGAGGGGGGGGUGCAUACUUGUAUAGUGGCCUGCAGCUCAGCCUUUCAGUGCUUCACUGUCGGGCUUUAAGGUUUUGCAUCAUUUGGGCUAUGCUUGCAGUGUAGUAUAUGUUGGAACACAAAUUCAAGUUUAACUUGUUGUAUAAUGUGGACACAGCAUCGGAUGUUCUGAUGAGUCUGAUUCCUUCCCCCUGGAAGAACCGAUUGCAAGCAGGAGGGACAGCGGUGUGUGUAAAGAAUGACUGGCAUUACUUUUAGCAGUUAUCUAAUCCUUAAAACAAAUUUAUAUUUUGUAGAAAGAAAAUGUUUGUGUUCUUGUUCCAGGGAGCUGAUAUAUAGAGGUAAUUAUUUUGCAAGUGUACCUCCUACACAACUUCCUUGUUUGCACUCGUUUGUGAAUCACUGCGUUCCUAACGUACAGAAAACAUCUCAAAUUCGAUGUGGUCUACUUCAAACCGUGAGCGAUCUGUUGGUUGAUCUUUGCAUUUUUAACAAUUAAAGUGAUCCCAAUCCA